AGUUCUUUUUUCAAUCACGUGACUAAUAAUGGAAGCCGCAUACAAGGUAUUCCAUUCAGACUGCAAUAGAACGCUGAAAUGUACAUAGUGGAAUAAAAAUCAAUAAUAUGCUAAAUAAGGAUAAGCUCUCGAUAUGCCUAGUUCUAUAAUAGAAGAGAGUGAAGAAAAACCUUUACCACCUGGAUGGGAAAGGCAAGCGGAUAUUGAUGGAAAAAUAUUUUUUAUUGACCACAAUACCAGGACGACGAGUUGGGUCGAUCCAAGAGAUAGGGAUAGUAAGCCAAAGGAUAUAAGCGACUGUAAAGAAGGUGAACUGCCGUACGGCUGGGAAAAGGCCUAUGAUCAAAACAUUGGAAUUUACUAUAUUAAUCACUUAAAAGGUCAUAAUCAAAUAGAAGAUCCUAGGGAGUUAUGGAAGAAGGAGCAGAAAGAGAUGCUAAGUCAAUAUUUGGACAAAGCCCAGUCGGAUUUAGAGACGACCAGGGAAAUGUUGAACGUUAAAGAAGAACGUUUAAGAAUUGCGCAGAAUGAAGGAGAUAAUUUGAGAAAUUUUUUAGCCAAUUUUAAGGCGUCUAAAACUAGUCUUGCUUCUUCGGCCUCGACUCGAUAUGAUCCUGAUAUUGUUAGAGAUGAAAUAGAAUUAAGCAAGAAAAGAGUAACACGACUAGCCCUGGAAUUGAAUCAAAUUCGAAUGGAAUUAAGUAAACGUGAAAAAGGAGUUCAGGCUCUCUAUGAAGUUCAGCAUAAAAUGGAUUUGCAAGAAACACCUUAUACUUUAUCUGAGGCGACAACCAUCUACGAAAAGAUUAAGGCGAAUUAUCAUAUGAUCGACGCAAGGCAGAAGAAGAAGCAUAGUUUGCUUCUGGAUUUAGCAAGAUUAAAAGAAGAUGUAGAACGAACUAGGAAAAGCACAUCGCCAGACGUGUCGACGUUUUCAAUUAAUCGUCUAGUAGAUAGUGAAUCACAGACGGAUUUAAGCGGAGAUAACGAUCAAAUGCAAAGGGAAGAAUUCAUAAGACAGCUAGUUCGAUUGAGGUUAAGAUAUUCAGAAACCCGACGUACUGUUGCAAAUCUUCAAAAACAACUCGUGGACGUUGAAAGUCGGAUAAAUCCUGGGCAAUGUCGAAGUGAUAAGGAUUUGUUGUUGUUAAUACAAGAAAAAGAACAGCUGCUGCGAGAAUUGAAGCCCCUGGUCCGCAAAGGAGGAAAGGACGAAAUAUCAAACCGACAAAAGAUGGCGCGUUUACAAAAUGAUUUAAGAGAGGCAACUCAAAUGAAUCAGAAACAAAUUAAUGAACGGCUUCAACUGGAUGAAAAUAAACAGAGAUUAAUGGAACAGUUGCAAGAGGUUACUAGAUUAUCAGCCCAACUGGAGCAGCAAAUAAAAAGUCUGUCUCAGAGCACCCUGAGCAUGUCAUCCGGCUCAAGCAGGGGUUCACUGGGCUCUCUAGCCGGUUCUCAUUUUUCACUCAGUGAUGUAUUUUCCUAUACACCCCUUUCCAAUACAAGUUACGGUCAGGAUUUGCAUGGAAAGGUUGAAGGAAUAUUUCGAGGUGCUGAAGAGAGUGCCUAUGCUAAUCUACCGCCUCUCAGAAGUCAAGACUGUAUUGGUGCAGUUGGUGGCUACUCGGAAGUUGUUAGUGGAGCUUUCAGCUGUCCAGGCCUUGCUCAAAUUCAACCAGUUGAACCGUAUGACCUUGGUCCUCCGCCCACCUACGCUCAACAUAUGGGGAAGUUACAAAGGGGAAGCAGUGCACCUUCUUUAGCAUGCCGGGUGCAAGAAAUGCAUUUAUCAGCAAAAAAGGCUGAAACCGCUACAGAGGUUCCACCGUUAUCACCUAUAUCUGAAAGCAGUUCAGGGGUAGGUGCCUCAGGCCCAACCCGCAGCUACACUGGUUCUUCCCCUAGUGACGGCGGUGUGACGUCCGAUAGCGGUGUCUUUGAAUCAUUUUCCCAAAACUCAGAUAAUUUAGCUCAACUUCAACUGACCCUAACAUAUUUGAAGGAAGAAAACUGCUUACAAGUUAACUUCGAUCAAGUUCGAUAUCUUAGAAAUUUUCAGUGUUCGCUUUGUUUAGUUGCUCGUCUUAUACCUGAAACCAAUACUUUCACCAGUUGUCCAUUCUCGUCCUCCUGCUCAAAGCUAGGAGAUAUAUGGAAAACUUCACUUGGUAAAAACAGUCUUCAAACUACAUCACUUCAAGUUCAUUUGUGUUCUAUUCGAGGGGACAAUUUAGAAUCUGUGGGUGUUACAGAAGUUACUCUAAAUACUUAUGACAGGCCUACUACCUGCUGGUAUAAUAUACUAUCCGAAGUUUUGCCCGUCGCUCAACCGUUGGAAGGAGCCGAUAAAGUUAAAGAACUACUCGACACAUCAGAUCACAGAUUACGAAUUGAAUCUCCACGAAAUUCAAAAGCACGUGAACUUACUCGAGGAUCAAGUGUUUGUGAAGAGAGUAGUGACGAAUCAACAAUUAUUGCCUCUCAGCCUUCUACACUGUCGAGGAAUCUUGAUCCAAGUUCUGUUCAAAAUCUUGUCGAUACUCGAGAGAGUUCACCUUUGGAGAUUGAGGAGGAAACAUAUGCGAUUGAAGAAGAAUUAUCGCCAUGUGAUACUGUAAGACUAGUGAAACGAGACGCUGAAACCAAUACUGAAGCAGCCGUUUGCAAUCCUCCAUCUAAAUUGAUGGUAACAGCUUCCGAAGAUGCUAAACUCAUACGACGAUCAAAAACAUUUUCUCCUGCUCAUUCCGAUUUGAACUUCGACGAUCAUAAUAUAUACAGAUUAAACAGAAGUGAUAGCGAUUCAACUCUCCCAAAAUAUCAAAGAAAAUCACCUUUUCAACGCUAUGCAUCUGAAAGAAGAAGUAUUCGACUAUCUAAAGCCCCAAUUGUGAACGUUAAGAAGGCAAAAUCAACAACUCAGGCCCCUACCUCUUUGGAUUUGGAAUUGGCGCUUCAGGCUUCCAAACAGAGAGUUGAGCAGGAAGAAGAAGAUAUUCUUCGAUUAACUCUAGUCAAAGAGGAGUUAGAAAAGAUUAAACGGGGUAAAGAAGGUGAAUUACCUGAAUGGAUGAGAGAUGAUGGAUGCCAAUCAAUUCUAAAUAGAGCAGAAAAAUUGAAUGAGAGAGAAAAAUCUUGUACCAAAGAUUCGAAAGUAGAAGAUCUGGCCGAAAAGAAAUUAAAAAAGGCAACCCACGAAAUAAAUAAGUUAAGAAGAGCUCAAAAGGAACCUAACGCUGCAUUAUUUAAAGAACGAAUGGCAUUUUUUACAAGUCCCGCAUCAGCUGUCCCAGUAUCACCUCAAUUAGCUAUAAGAGAACAAUCUGAAGAUUUGGACAGCAACGUUUAA